AUGGUGAAUGAUCGUUGUGUUUUGCAUGACGAUACUCUCAACAAACGAGAUGUAUUCAUUGAAUUAUCAACUGAUUCGCGGUCAGAUAAACUCAUCGACACGAAUCAAUUCCGUCCAUCAGAUCUCAAUGUUAAAUCGUUACCAUUACCAUCAAAUAUAAUUCAUCCAAGUGAUUCGAUUGCUAAGAAAGACAACAGUGUACAACUGUAUAAGACAGUGUUCGUUGCUCGUUGUCCAUUCGUCGUCAAAGAUGAAUAUACGUGUGAUGAAGGUGACGAGUUCGAGUUAAUCAGUCAAACCAGUACUGACGCUUAUCAUGUUCGUCACUUGCGUACAAAUACGAAAUGUACAAUCGAUCAGAAACAUUUACUCCUCGAUCGUGAAACUCCACUACGCUUGGGUAGUGACGAUCGCGGUGUUAUUCAGCGAUGUUUACUUCAACACAAUAAACCAGCAUUUCUCAAAUAUCCAGUCAAACGAAUGCCGAAGAUUGGCAUUACUUAA